GAGAGCAAAGUUGUCGAGCAGAGCGAACAGCGUGCGCAUUCAGACUGCCGGUCUCACCUCUCUGCCUUCUCUCCCUGCCAGUGGACGGAUGCAUAGACUGGUCGGUGGAUCUGAGGGAGUACCACGUCCUGGCCGGCGAGCCCGUUCGGGUCAAAUGUGCCUUGUUCUACAGCUACAUUCGAACCAACUACACCAUGGCCACCAACGCCAAGCUGCGUCUCAUCUGGUACAAGAACAAAGGAGAUGCUGAGGAGCCCAUCAUCUUCUCUGGUCACAGGCUGAGCAAAGAAGACGACUCCAUCUGGUUUAGAUCUGCUGAAGUGGAAGAUAACGGCUUCUACACUUGCGUUCUAAGGAAUUCGACGUACUGCAUGAAAGUGUCCAUGUCGAUGACCGUGGAGGAGAGCGACGAGGGGAAGUGCUACAGCAGCAAGAUCCGGCACCUGGAGAAGGCCGAGGUGACCCACAGCAAAAUGAUCACCUGUCCCGACAUCGAAGACUAUCUGGCUCCUUACAAACAACCGCAGAUGACCUGGUAUAAGGAGUGUGAGCGAGUGGAAUGGAGAAGCUCCGUUACCGUCAACACUACGCACAUCUGGAUUCCUGAGGUGGAGGAGGGCGACGCCGGGAACUACACGUGCGAACUGCAGUACGGAUCCAAGCAGGUGCGACGGACAACGCAACUCAAAGUAACAGCGCUGCAGACGACUCAACCUCCCAAAGUCCUUUUCCCUCCAGAGAGACAAGACACUGUGAUAGAAGUCACGCCCGGUAAGGAGGAACCUUUUCACUUUGUGCCGCCUUCAGUUUUGGAAGAAAAUCUUUGGUGCAAAAUUAUAACUUAACAAUUGAUUUAUCAG